CACUACAACAAACACCUGUACCUAAAACGGGGUAUCACAUGUAUAUUUAAUAAGUACACAAACAUACCUGUCGUUAAUGCGUACAUCCAUAACACUAUGAACUCUGAGCUUACCGCAAUCAACGAGCGUUUGGCUCUGCUACUGUCGGUUACAGAUCCGAAUGGCUGUGCAACAGGCACACACGAACAGAGAGGCCAGCAGGCUUUUGAUCUGGUUGUGGAUAUUAACCAGCUAUGCAUCAAGGUGCAGGAUCCAAACACCAUAAAGCUGUGUUUUGCGAUACUUCUCAAUCACGAUGGAGGGCUGUUGCUGGCGAUUGCGCAGAUGGAAGAGCUGCAGCAAGGUAUAGGCAAACCAUACCUCUCGGCCUACAAAGCGUUGCUAGGCAACCUGCAAGUGUAUGUCAAGCGGUUGAAUACGCACGGUCUUCUGCUCGAGAAGCAAGCACGGGAUCUCAAGGAUCUUAGCCUGUACGUAUUGACGCGCAAUAAGAGCUCUCCUAUUCGCAACGACAGCUUGAUACUUCUGCGUACACUGAUCAAACUGCGUAUCAAUGCCACGGCCAUGGGUGUGCGUAAAGUGGCGAUGCAAUUAAUGCCUAUGGUCUAUGCGGGGACGGAUCUGAAGAGUACCACU